CAACCUCCUCGCUCGGAGUCGUCGCUUUGCAUCGAAAGCAUAUCCACGCCCCCUUUCUCCAGUUUUCGCAAUCUCUACAAACCCCUUUCGCUCCCUUUUUCCAGUUCUCGCAAUCUCUACAAAUCCCUUUCGCUUGCCUCUUGUCUCCCGCUGUGCCUUAACCCAAUCAUUCCGGAAUCUUUCGCGGUUUACCUUCCAAGCGAAAGGGAUCGCGACGUUAGAGGCUUGGAUUCUGAGCACUCGCAAGUUGGGAGGGAGUCGAUGUCAGAAUCUGGGUUCUGAGGUCUCGAUGAUGGAGUUGUAGGGAGUCGACUAUUGUGGUACGUUUUGUUUCUUAGUGGGUUUUUUCUCUUUCCGAUUUGAAAUCACUUCUGAAGCUCAGCGCGAAUAUCGCUUUAGCCACGUUACACUUGACGUAGGGACAAGAGUUUUGCGACAUCUCGCGAGCAAUUUGGCUUCUUGUUGAGGUUUUGUGGGGGAUUGAAAGUUUAUUGCUAGCAGUUGGUCGUUUCAAGGUUCGGGGGUGUGUAAACGGUUUCGUCGCAGCUAUCGAAAGACCGUUUUGGGUUUUGAAGUUUAGAGUGAAAGCGAUUGUAGUGUUUGGGAACAUGUCGUUGGAGCUCGGUGAGGCUUCCCCCUCAAAGUGCUUGAUGAAUUUGUACAACUCUAGUUCGUGAAGUUGUCACUCCGCGCGAUUGCCUCUUAGUUUCUUGUCAACAAAAUUCAAUAUUCUCGAUUUUGGCGGCAGCAGUUGAGAAUGUGCUCAAGUGUUCCGUUCUGAUUCGACUUUAGAACAGUCGCAGGGUGUUGUCACUCAAAGAUGAGUGCAGAUGUCAGUUACAAGACAGCUACGUUUCUAGAAUUCUAGUAUUGUGCUCGAAUUCUUGUCUUCAACAGAGAUCCAAGGUUGAGAAGCCACUUUAGAAUUCUGCUAUUUUUUCCUCAAUGGGAGAAAAAAUAGUGGAUCAUGAGAUGUCGUUCUUGAGCUCGGAUCUGAUUUGUGAGAUUCUCAACCGGGUGGAUGUGCUGACUCUUGCGAAAGCGAACUGUGUGACCUCUGAAUUCCGUUACGUAUUUGAGAGCGAAGCAUGUUGGGAAAGGCAUUGCAACUUGCGUUGGCCUUCCACCAAACAGACUAUUGCAAAGGAUUUGAUCUCGAAGACUGGGGGUUUCAGAAAAUUCUAUGCCAACUGCUAUCCUUGUCUGUCCGGCAGAGGAGCAGUAAGGGCAGAAUGCGAUGACAAAGUUGAAAGCCUGGAAGCAUGUCCUUUGAAUUUUUUUUCAAUCAUAGAUGUCAUGUACAAGGGCCAGCCUAUGCUCUCAAAAACCGUUCCAGUUCUUCUCGAUGCCGAUGACUCAAUAGAAUGGUUCGAAGAUUAUCCUUUUCAGCUUGAUCUUAGCGUGAUUCUCGACGAGGUCGUUGACUUCCAUAAAGACGAAGGGGGUAUUCCUACUUUGACGAUUCAGACGGAACUCUCUGGCAUGAAAUCAGCGGAAACAAGUACAGACGGCAGUUUGUGGAGAGCUUUGAACGAAAACAUGACAGUUAGUUGGAUUUUAAUCAAUAAAAAGUCGGGAGAGAUGGCCAAUUUCGCUAGCUGGAAACCUUUGGGUGGAUUACGGCACUGGCCAAGCGAAGAUAACUUUGUGCUUCACUUUGGGACUAUAAUCCCCUCAGAUGAACGUUUUCCCAAUGACCCCGUACACUGCAAUGUUACAGUGAAAGUCAGAUUUUCCGUUACGGAGAUCGCCUCUGCAGGUUCUAAAACCACAAUUUGCAUAACAGAGUGUGGCAUGAAGCUAGAGAAUGUCGAUGGGGAUCGGUUGCAUGGGUUGGAAAGUGUAGAAUUACUCAACAGGGCCUUGGGUUGUGGCCGAACCGUCUCCCUCUCCACUGUCUUGGAAUCUUACCAGGAAUUUGGUCUCAAGCAACUAGCUAGGAACGUGGAAAGGGUUCGACGAGAAAAUCUGCGUGAACUGACGGCGGCAGUCAUCAGCGGAAUUGGUGUCUUUCUCUGUCUCUGCCACCUGCUUUUGUAACAUAGCCUUGCUUGACACCUAUUGAACUUAUCCAUGACAGAUGCAGUACUUGCUUUGUAGAAUACGAAGUGGCUGCUGUCACGAACAGCCCAUUGUUACUACAGAUAACAAUACGUAACAUUACCAUCUCGACAAGAGUAUUGUAAAUCUCCCAGGAAUGUUGAUACUUUGUUACACUCUUUCCAUGUUUA